AUGCCAUUAGAAGUCCACCGCAUCACGUCGCCAGACGACUUCGAAACUUUUGCAAAAAUCCAGGUUGCUGCCUUCGCAAGUGGGGGCGGCAUAGCCUCUUUGCUCAAUCCCGAACCCGUCACUGAUGAAUACAUCAAGAAAUACACCGAAAGGCACCUCAAAUCCUGGCGCGAUGAGCACGAUGUUGUCUAUCUCAAAGUGGUGGAUACGGAUAUCGACGGCGGCAAGAUGAUUGCUGGUGCAAAGUGGCGCAUUACCGAGAAGGAGAAGACGGAAGAGGAGGCACAAAAGAUGUACCCGAAGCCUGAAGGGGAUGAUCUGAAUAACCAGGCGCUAGUAGAUUUCCUGGCCUUUUUGUAUAGGGCAAGGAAACAAUAUGUGAACACCAAACCUAUUUGCUUCCUUCAAAUUCUUAUAACAGACCCGGAGCAUCACCGCAGAGGCGCAGGGUCUCUACUGCUGAAAUGGGGUCUCAGCAAAGCUGACGAACUCGGUCUUCAGGGGUUCUUGGAGGCGUCACCUAUGGGUAAGCCGCUGUAUGAGAGGAUGGGGUUUAAGACUCAGGAAACCGCGGUAUUUGAUCUGACGAAGUACGGGGGGGAGGGUGAAGACGCAAACACGAUCAUGAUCAGGGAACCGUCACCGAAGGCGUAA